CUAAGUGGAAGAAAGUGCAAAUAAUAUACUAAUUAAAUUUCUUUUUUUUUUAAUCAAGAAUAGAAGCUGCUAAUUUAUUCUCUUUAAGAUCAUGGCAAUGAUUCUGUCACUACUGUUGUUGCUUAUGUUCAAGCCUUAAAUCGUUUGACUAGAAUCCAUUAUCCAGCUCACUAGGUGAGUUGGUAAGAGAAGAAAAAAGAAGGAACCAUUACUGGUAUAUUUCCACUUUCCAACCAAAAAGCAAAAAGCAAAAGAAAAACCAAAGUAAAGGAAAAAGGAUCAGUUUUUAUGGGACUGGUUUUCUUUUUCUCCUUAACUUGGUUGAUUGAUUCAAGGAAGUCUGUCAAACUCCAUCACACUCUUUUCAGUUCUAGGUUCAAUCAUCAUAGGUAAGUUAGUCCUUCCAGUUGUGAAUUUUGAUCAUUUUUUUACAGUGAAUUUUGUUAAAAUUUUUAGAUAUGGGUGUUGAUUUAAUGGAGAUAGGAGUUCAUUUGAGAAAGUUUUUGAUCCUUUCAAUAAGAAUUUCAUAUAGAUCUACACACAAACAUCCAUUGAUUGUGGGUUUUGUUUUAUUCUCUUUAUUAUUGUAUAGAUUUCUUCCUUUUCUGUUUGUUUUCUUGGUUUCUUCUUCUCCUGUUCUUGUUUGUACUUUUGCUCUUCUUGGUACUUUGUUGAAUUAUGGGCAACAUCCACAUGUACCCCAAAUAGAUGAAGAACAAGAAGAAGAUGAUGAAAAUACUAGAAAACAAACACAACAUGAUCAUGAAGUUUCUUCUCUCAAAACUGGUGUUUUUCAAAGUGAUCUUGUUGUUCAGAAAGAUGAUGAAGUAGCAGCAGCAGAAGAAGAUGAUGAUGAUGAAGAAGAAGAAGAUGAUGAAGAAGAAGACGAAGAAAAGAAGGAUGCGGUCUUCUCAUUGAGUAGAGGUUUUGAUGAUGGGUUGAUCACUGAAAAGACUAGUUUGAUUGAAUCUACUCACAUCCAGUACCAAUUGGUGGAAGAGGAGAGGGAAUUUUUUAAUCAAGAAAAGAGGGAAUUUUAUGAUGUCCAAAAGAGGGAGUUCCACGAAUUGAAACCGCUUAUCGAAGUUGAUUAUUCAGUCAAAGAUGAUGAUGUUCAAGAAGUUGCAUCCACUUCUUAUGCCAGAAGCACAGAAAUCGAGCCUCUCAUUAAUUUGGAGGAAGAGAGUAGUCAUACUCAUGGGCUACUGCCACCAAAUUUGGGAGAAUCAUCUGGUUCUAAUCAAGAUUCUUUGUUACUGUGGAAGAAGAUUAAAGACCGUGACGAUGAUGAUGAUGAGGAUGAUGAUGAAUCUUACAAUUCAGAUUCUGAUGGUGCAGAGAGUUCGUCUCCUGAUGCGUCAAUUACAGAUAUUAUGCCAAUGCUAGAUGAACUCCAUCCUUUACUUGAUGCUGAAACACCUCGUCGUGAUGCUCAUGUAUCGUCUUUAGAUGAUGAGUUUACUGCUGCUUCUGAUAGAUCCCACGACUCGAAUGAUGAUCACGUUGAAUCAGGUGAGGAGGACGAGCACCAUGAAGAUGAAGAAGACGAUGAUGAUGAAGAAGGGCAGUCUGAGACCCCUGACGCUGAAGCUAAAGCUGUUUUAAAAUGGACUGAAGAUGAUGAAAAGAAUCUCAUGGAUCUUGGGAACUCUGAGCUGGAAAGAAAUCAGCGGUUGGAGAGUCUCAUCGCAAGACGAAGAGCUAGGAAGAACUUCAGAAUGAUUGAAUCAGAGAAGAAUAUGAUAGAUUUAGACUUCAGUGGACCGCCAUUUGAAAUUUCACCAAUUUCCACGGCGAGGCGCAACCCAUUUGAUCUUCACUAUGAUUCUUAUAUGGGACUUGGCUUACCUCCUAUGCCUGGUUCAGCUCCUUCUGUUAUGAUACCACGAAGAAAUCCCUUUGAUCUUCCUUAUGAUGACCCACUUGAAGAAAGACCUGAUUUAACUGGAGGCAACUUUGGCGAAGAGUUCAUGACUGCUCAUGAGAAGGAUAUGCACUACAGGAGGUGUGAGAGCUUCAACAUGGGAGCUUUUUUCUUUAACGAUCGCAGGCAAGACAAGCAACAUGUCAGUAAGUUCAGACCUUAUUUCGUAACUGAACAAAUGUCAUCAGAAGGGGUGGGAUAUUCAAGAUUUAGCAGACAGAUCAGUGAGGCAAGUGAGUCUAAGAUGAGUUUUGCUUCUGAGACCGAAUCACAUUCUACAAUUGCAAACCAGGAAGAUAUUAGUAGUCUUGUUGAAGAACAAAUAUCAUCUCACCAGGAAGACAUUAGUAAUCUUGUUGAAGAGAAAAUAUCAUCUCACGAACGCGAGCUCAGUCCUUCAGUUGAAGACACACCUGGUCCAAUGAAGCUAGAAAGUGAACUCUCGAAAGAAGUUCAUUUGGAUUCAGAGAGUGAUAAAGAAGGUAAAGAUGAGGUCGAUUUAAUUAAGAUUGAGGAUGAAAGUGAUGAAUCCAAAACUACCCAUGGAACACAAUCAAGAUUCUAUUCUGAAUUUCUCGCUUUAGAAGAACACCUCACAAGCUAUGUUCAUGUGAACCAAGAAGUGGGCGAAGAGCAGCAGCACACAAGGUCCAGCUCCCUCUCAUCAUCCGGUGUUCAUGAAAAGAUCGAGGAGAAUAGCGAGGAUGAAGAAAGUUCUCAUGGAACACAGUCAAGUUAUGUUCAUGUCGAUCAAGAUAUGGGUGAACAUCAACAACACACCAGGUCAAACUCCCACUCAUCUUCAGAUAUGCAUGAAAAGAUCUUCGACGUGAACGUAGACGAAGAGUUAUCAGCAUUGGAUCUAGCAAGAGGUGAAGUCCAUGAGCACUCCUCCAGCUUCAUGCAAUCGACAGUCAUUGAUUCUGAUCGGGUUGUAGGAGAAGAUGAUAGACAUACAGAGGCACCAGUUUAUGACUUGAGCCCAUCAGCGUCUAAAAGGGACAUGUCUGACAUGAUGAGUUUUGAAGAAACAGUGAGUUAUAAGGAUAACAUGGUUUUCGCUUCUACUUCUUCCGUGAGUUCUGACAUGCAUGUGGAGGUACCGGAACCCGUAGCAGUGGAAGAUAUCACUUUACUCGCAGAUAAGGAAGCUUCAGUGCAGAUUGGUAGCCCUAGAAAAUUGAUGACCCCGGGGUAUGAAAAAUCUUGGGAACCCUCAGCAGAGCUCUGCGUGAUCGACGAGAAUGAAGCUGAAAAAGAGGGCUUACCGUGUGAGGAGGCAAGUUUUCCUUCAUCGAGUUUCGAUCCAAAGAUAGCUGCUGAAGUUCUCCAAUCUGAUAAGGAUGAAAAGGUUGAUACCUUGGACUUACCAUAUUCAGACCAGAUGUCAUCUCGAGAUAUAGCUUUGUCUGAGUUAAAGGACCAACUGGUCCAGCCAUCAUCCAAUGUCCAUCAAGAAGAAUCUGAGGGAAUAUCUAUCCUUUCUGAUAUUUCGGCAAUGGAAGACGGUGUCAUUCAGGAAGUUGGUGGGCCACUGGUCGAUGAGCACCAAGAAGACGAUGUCUCAAACCUCCCUACCUUCCUUUCUGCUCCUACUUCUCCCCCGACUGAGUUUGUUCAGGAAGUUGGUGGGCCACUGGUCGGUGAGCACCAAGAAGAUGAUGUCUUAAACCUCCCUACCUUCCUUUCUGCUCCUACUUCUCCCCCGUCUGAGUUUAUCGGUUAUCAACAACAUCAAAUGGUUUUCGAAGAUGACUCACACGAUGGAACUCAAUAUGAAAGUAAAUUUGAUUUCAAUCAAGAAUCAAUCGGGUAUCAUGAAGCAAACGAAGAAUUUGAUGAUGAUGAGCCGGCCGGAAUUGAAGAGAUCGACGAAGAAUUUCUGACAGAACUUGAUGCAGUUGGUGACUUCAGUUUUGAAGAGAAGACAAUAGAUGCUAACCAACAUUAUGAACAUUUGGGAUCAAAUGAAUAUGAGACACAUACAGGCUUACAAGUUCUUGAAUCUAAGUCUAGAGGUGCUGAAGACAAAUUCGAGGUACUCAAUCUUGCGAGUGUUGAUGAUAUUGACUCUGGAUUUGAGCAGUUCCCUGCGAGGGUAGCUCUGAAAGCCGCUGUCUUCGAAUCAGCCCAUGAUGUAACGGAGGAAACUGAAGUUUUAUCUGCUGAACCAAUUAAACAACCCCAUAUUGAGCCGAUAUCGGAGGUAAGAGAAGUUGAGAAUACUGAGUUUGAACUCAACACCCAAGAGAAAAGCUUAACAGAUCUUAAUUUGGAGCUGCCAGUUCUUGAAGCAAGAUCUAUUGAAGAUAUUGAUUCUGCAUUCAGGCAUCUUCCUGAGAAAGAAGCCGAGAAAUCUUUUGUUCUUGAUUCGGAAUUCGAAGAAUCAGUCUUGGAGGAAGCUGAAGUCGAGUCUACUGAGUCUUGUAAGCAACAUGAUGAGACACAAACAGAGGGAAUACAGAGUGAGCAUGUUGAGUUUGAAUUGCCCACCCAAGAACGGGUUCUAACAAGCGCUGAUAUGGAUUUCACAGUUCUUGAAGCAAGAUCUCUUGAAGAUAUUGAUUCUGCCUUUAAGCAACUUCAAGAGGGAGAAGCCAAAAAGUCCGUUCUUCCCGAAGUCCUUGAUGAAUCUUCCCAGGAAGAAGCUAAACAUGAACCUGCUCAUUCUUUUAAGCAAGCCGACCAUGAGCCAAUCUUGAAGGAAACAGAAGAUGAGCAAACUGUCUUUGCAUUACCCGCAGAAGAACCAUGGCUGACAAAGAGCAAUUUGGAGUUCCCGAUUCUUGAAGCAAGGUCUUUUGAAGAUUUUGAUGCUGUUCUGGAGCAACUCCACGAGGGAGAGGACGCGGGGACAUCUAUUGUUGAUGAACCAGUAGUGAAGGAAUCUAAAGUAGCAUCUGCAGAGUCUUUUGACCAUGUGCUUGAGGAUCCAAUCUCGAAGGGAAUGGAAGAUGGGCAAGCUGUCUCUACACUACCUGUGGUAGAACCAGAGCUGAUAAAUUGUGAUUUGGAGUCCCCAAUUCUUGAAGCGAGGUCUUCUGAAGAUAUUGAUGCUGUUUUGGAGCAGCUUCAUGAAAGAGACGACGCGGAGACAUCUAUUGCUGAUGAACCAGUACUGAAGGAAUCUGUAGUAGCAUCUGCCGAAAUUUCCGACCAUGUGCUUGAUGAGCCACUGCUGACGGAAACAGAAGAUGGGCAAGGUGAAUUGACACUGCACACACAAGAGCAACAUCUUACAGAGACCGACUUGGAGCAUCUAGUUAUUGAGACAAGAUCUGUUGAAAACGUUGAUACUGUCUUGGAGCAGAUCCACGAAGCAGAUAACUUGGAGACAUUUAUUAUUGAUGAACCAGAACUGAAGGAGCCACUGCUGAUGGAAACGGAAGAUGGACUGGGUGAGUUGAAACUGCAGACACAAGAGCAACAUGUGGCAGAAAUCGAUUUGGAGCUUCCAGUUAUUGAAGCAAAGUCUGUUGAAGAUCUUAAUGCUGUCUUGAAGCAGCUUCACGAGGGAGAUAACUCGGAAGCAUCUGUUGUUGAUAAACCAGUAUUGAAGGAAUCUACAGCUUCUGACCACAUGCUUGAUGAGCCACUACUGAUAGAAACAAAAGAUGAGCUGGGUGAGUUGACACCGUACACACAAGAGCGACAUCUUGCAGAAACCGAUUUGGAGCUUCCAGUUAUUGAAGCAAGAUCCAUUGAAGAUGUUGAUGCUGUCUUGAAGCAACUCCACAAGGGAGAUAGCUCGGAGACAUUUAUAGUUGAUGAACCAGAAUUGACGGAAUCUGCAGUAGCAUCUACAGAAUCUUCUGACCAUGUGCUUGAUGAGUCGCCGCUGAUGGAAACAAAAGAUAGACAGGGUAAGUUGACUCUGCAUACACAAGAUCGAGAUCUGACAGAAACGGAUAUGGAGCUUCCAGUUAUUGAAGCGAGAUCUAUUGAAGACGUUGAUGCUGUCUUGAAGCAGCUCCGCGAGGGAGAUAAUUCGGAGGCAUUUAUUGUUGAUAAACCAGCGUCAGAGGAAUUUACAGUAGCAUCUGCUAGAUCAUCUGACCAUGUGCUUGAUGAGCCACUGUUGAUGGAAACAGAAGAUGAGCAGGGUGAGUUGACACAUCAAAAACAAGAGUGAAGAUUGUUACUUUGAUUGUCUGAUUACACAACGGGACUCCCUUAUUCCGGCUCCAGUGUAGUUUCAGACCUAUUAGUUUUUGUUUUGUUCAUGUCUGACGACUGCCUGCAUUUUGGCUUGUGGUUAGGCAUGGGUGAAUGGUUUUUGAGCGCCGCCUCGUAAUGGGGUUUUGAUGCUCUGUUUGGUUAUUGUGUUGUGUUUGUUUGGGUUGUAAUAUCACCUUCUUGGUGAUAGUUUAUUUCUAGUUUUGGUUGCUGUCAUGGUUUUCAUGGUGAUAGUUAUACCUUUGAUUGGUCUCUUCAAGGACAUAUUUUGUGAAGUUCCUUGAAAGAGUACAAAAAUCUGUAACUUUUUGCUCAUUUUUUCCCCUUCCAUUUAGGCUUUUGGGAAAAAUAUACCUCAAUAUAUUCCUAGUGUAUAAUAUUCAAGUCAUCCAUCUUUUAUGA